UCAUGGACGUGAGCUGACUGACUGUUGUGCUUUUUUGCGUAUGCAUGCAACGCGAAACCACAAGUAUGCAAUUAGAAACAACAGCAGAAUUUGUGUAAAUUAAGUUCGCUUUACUAUCAAUAACGCGUGUUCCGUUUAAAAGUUGUUGAAACAGGAUUGCAAAUGUCAAUAUGUCAGGAUCUCGGCCUUAAUUUCCAACAGAGAAUGGGCGCAAAUAUAUCACAACUAGAGAGAGAUAUUGGGUCAGAGCAGUUUCCGCCGAACGAACAUUACUUUGGUUUAGUUAAUUUUGGUAAUACAUGUUAUAGUAAUUCAGUUCUGCAAGCUUUAUACUUCUGUCGACCAUUUAGAGACAAAGUUCUAGAAUAUAAGGCGAAAAACAAGAGAACUAAGGAAACAUUGCUGACAUGCCUCGCAGACUUAUUUUAUAGCAUAGCAACACAAAAAAAGAAAGUAGGAUCAAUUGCACCUAAAAAAUUUAUCGCUAGACUGAGGAAAGAAAAAGAGGAAUUUGAUAAUUACAUGCAACAAGAUGCUCAUGAAUUUCUUAAUUUUCUCAUAAAUCAUAUAAAUGAAAUUAUUCUAGCUGAAAGAAAUCAAAGCACGCUUAAACUACAAAAGCCGGACGGCAACAAGGAGGGUAUAACGUGUAACGGAAGUGUGCCGCAGAACACGGAACCGACUUGGGUGCACGAAAUCUUCCAAGGCACGCUCACAAGUGAAACGCGAUGUUUGAAUUGUGAAACAGUUAGUAGUAAGGACGAACACUUCUUUGACUUGCAGGUGGAUGUCGACCAAAACACGAGCAUUACCCAUUGUCUAAAGUGCUUCAGCGACACAGAGACGCUUUGCAAUGACAACAAGUUUAAGUGUGACAACUGCAGCAGCUACCAGGAGGCGCAGAAGCGCAUGCGCGUAAAGAAAUUACCCCUAAUACUGGCGCUACAUCUUAAGAGAUUCAAGUACAUGGAACAGUACAAUCGGCACAUCAAAGUAUCCCACAGAGUUGUUUUCCCCUUGGAACUGAGGUUGUUUAAUACGUCGGACGACGCCGUGAACCCGGACCGUCUGUACGACUUGGUGGCGGUGGUGGUGCACUGCGGGUCGGGGCCCAACCGCGGACACUACAUCAGUAUCGUCAAGAGCCACGGCUUCUGGCUGCUCUUCGACGACGAUAUGGUAGAUAAAAUUGAUGCCUCAGCUAUAGAAGACUUCUACGGCCUAACUUCAGAUAUACAAAAAUCAUCUGAAACAGGAUAUAUACUUUUUUAUCAAUCUAGAGAUGCUAGUUGUUAAGUUUCACUAAAUAUAGUAAUUUAUAUAUUUAUAUAUUUAAGAUAGACACCAUAAAUGAUGUUAAUGUGCCACAUUGUUAAAGUUGGAAUGGCAUAUGUUAUUGAGAUUUAAUUUCGAUCGCAGAAAAUUAUUAUUCAACAUAUUAGAAUUCAUUCAUUUGUAAAUAUAAUUCAUUUUAAAAUAAAAAGUUGUGAUCUUUCUUCGA